UGUCAUUAAAUAGAUGUUUUGAAAUUCCAAUCUGAUACGAAAUUCUACGAACCCGAAGUUUAUGCAGAAAUAUUCAAAGUUUCGACUUUCGACGGAGGUGAUGUGUAUCGCGAGGUGCUAGUUCACGUAGUUUUCAAGUUACCAAUAUUUGUGUGGCCAGUACAAGAUGGCCGGGGCGCCGCCUAAAGAACGAUACAUCCCCAAUGGACUCAAGUUCGCCUUUGGAGGACUAGCCGGAAUGGCGGCCACAUGUGUAGUCCAGCCAUUAGAUUUGAUCAAAACUCGGAUGCAGCUGAGUGGCAGUGGUCGCACGUCGUUUGCUGUGGCCGGAGAGAUAGUGGCCAGGGAAGGCUUCUUCUCACUGUACACAGGCCUCUCGGCAGGCCUUCUCCGACAGGCCACCUACACCACCACCAGACUCGGGAUCUACAACCUUCUGUUUGAUGCCUACAAAGAACGCAACGCGGGCGCCACACCAGGCUUUGCCAUGAAAAUGUUCCUGGGAGUCGCGGCUGGAUCCGUCGGCGCCUUCGUCGGGACUCCAGCUGAGGUAGCUUUAAUUCGAAUGACAGCCGACGGCAGACUGCCUAAGGAACAACGGAGAAACUAUAAAAAUGUUAUGGAUGCACUAAUAAGGAUAGUGCGCGAGGAGGGGGUGCUGAAGCUCUGGCGAGGGGCCACGCCCACUGUUGGGCGCGCCAUGGUGGUCAACGCGGCGCAGCUCAGCACCUACUCACAGGCUAGAGAGGUGUUCGUGGGGUACGUGCCCGACGGUAUCCCGCUGCACUUCUGCGCCUCCAUGGUGUCCGGCCUCGUCACCACCAUCGCCUCCAUGCCCGUGGACAUCAUCAAGACACGCAUCCAGAACGCGGCGAAGGGCCAGUCGCAGCUGUCGGUGGUGACGAGUCUGCUCAAGGACGAGGGCGUGCUGUCGCUGUGGAAGGGCUUCCUGCCGUACUACGCGCGCCUCGGGCCGCACACCGUGCUCACGUUCAUCUUCCUCGAGCAGAUGAACUCCGCGUACUUCAAGUACACGUAGAUACACGCAGGUGAGUGAUAACCCAGGGACAGAACGCGGCGAAGGGCCAGUCGCAGCUGUCGGUGGUGACGAGUCUGCUCAAGGACGAGGGCGUGCUGUCGCUGUGGAAGGGCUUCCUGCCGUACUACGCGCGCCUCGGGCCGCACACCGUGCUCACGUUCAUCUUCCUCGAGCAGAUGAACUCCGCGUACUUCAAGUACACGUAGAUACACGCAG